UGUCACACCUAUGAGGUUACAAAUGCACCAAAGGAACUAGAGGUCUACUGGGUAAAACCGAGCUACCAGGUUCUUGACCCCUCCGCCAAUCCACUUUUAAAGCUCCAUUGGUACCCUCCCAGCUCAGACAUGAGCCGAUCCCGUCGCGGCCAGAGAGACAGCAAGCUCAUCCAUUCCCCAACCUCAUCUUUGCGCUUUCCAUCCUACCGGCAUUGAUAGAGCCAAUUCUUUUUGUGGCAUUGGAUAGUUACGAGAAAGCAGAAGCUCCUUCCUGCCCCUCCCCCGCACCUUUUGCCUCGGAUCCGGAUCCAUUCCACCCUCUGACAAUAUGGUCAAGGCCGUUGUUGCCGGCGCUUCGGGUGGUAUUGGCCAGCCCCUCUCGCUGCUCCUCAAGCUCUCCCCGCUGGUCGACGAGCUUGUCCUGUACGAUGUGGUCAACACCCCCGGUGUCGCCGCCGACCUUUCGCACAUCUCCUCCAACGCAUCAGUGAGCGGCUACCUCCCCAAGGAUGAUGGCGGCAAGACGGCUCUCAAGGAUGCCGACAUCAUCGUGAUCCCGGCCGGCAUUCCCCGCAAGCCCGGAAUGACCCGUGACGACCUCUUCAACAUCAACGCCGGCAUCGUCAAGGGCCUGAUCGAGAUCGCCGCCGAGGUGGCCCCCAAGGCCUUCAUCCUCGUCAUCUCCAACCCCGUCAACUCGACGGUGCCCAUCUCGGCCGAGGUGCUCAAGGCCAAGGGCGUCUUCAACCCCCAGCGCCUCUUCGGCGUCACCACGCUCGACAUCGUCCGCGCCGAGACCUUCGUCGCCGAGAUCGCCGGCAAGUCCAACCCCCAGGAGCUGACGGUCCCCGUCAUUGGCGGCCACUCGGGCGAGACCAUCGUGCCCCUCUUCAGCCAGGUCAAGCCCGCCGUCACCAUCCCCGACGACAAGUACGACGCCCUCGUCAACCGCGUCCAGUUCGGCGGCGACGAGGUCGUCAAGGCCAAGGACGGCCUCGGCUCCGCCACCUUGAGCAUGGCCUACGCUGGCUUCCGAUUUGCCGAGAAGCUUCUGCGGGCCACCAAGGGCGCCAAGGGCCUGGUGGAGCCCAGCUACGUCUACCUUCCGGGUGUCCCCGGUGGCGAGGCCAUUGCCAAGAAGACGGGCACCGACUUCUUUUCGGUCCCCAUCGAGCUCGGUCCCAACGGAGCCGAGAAGGCCAUUGACCCCCUCGAGGGCCUGACCGACAAGGAGAAGACCCUGCUCGAGGCCGCCAUCAAGGGCCUCAAGGGCAACAUCGAGAAGGGUGUCCAGUUCGCCACCAGCCCCCCGCCUCCCGCGCAAAAGUAAACGACCCCUUCCUCCCCCUGGCUUUCACUAGAAUCCAUACUGCUUGUUCCGCCCGACCGCCGCUCCUGGACCAGGAAAACUCGGGGCCUGCUCCUGCUUUUUCACCUACAAAACGCUGCCAUCAUUUUUUCCCCCCAACAACUUGCCCACGCAACAAACUUUCAGGGAUAGGGAUAUGGAAGAAAAUGGAAUAGAACAACAGAAUAUCAAUGGGGCGUUGUUAUACUGAUUCGGUAUCUUUUGAUUUCCUAGGCUGUGAGAAGGGGGACAAUCGCCCAAGGUUGAUGGUGUCGGGUCUCGCUCGCUAUCCAUGAAUGUGGUAUCUCCUUGACGCCCCCGAUAACAAAAAGUCUAACCUAUAUGCUGAGUUUCCCACAAUUAUGUGUGUGGGGUCUCCCCGUUGUCAAGAAUGCGCGUGCAUGACGCGAGGUAGUCGUUCGUCGAUGGGACCCAAGGCAUAGAUUGGGCAGAUAGGCAACAUAAAAGUACCAUCACAACACGAACGAGGACAUGUGCAAA